AUGCCCCCCAAAAAGGCCCCCGCCCAGGAGAAAAAGCAGCUGCUCGGCCGUCCCAGCAACAACCUCAAGAUCGGCAUCGUAGGUCUCCCUAAUGUUGGAAAGUCUUCUUUCUUCAACGUUCUCUCCAACACCGAUCUCGGCAAGGCCGCCAACUUCCCUUAUGCCACCAUUAACCCGGAAGAGGCCCGUAUUCCCGUCCCCGAUACCCGUUUUGACUGGCUUUGCGAAACCUACAAACCCGCUUCACGCAUCCCUGCAUUCCUCACUUGCAUCGAUAUUGCCGGCUUGACUGCCGGUGCUUCCACUGGUGCAGGUCUAGGAAACGCGUUUUUGUCUCAUGUCCGUGCCGUCGACGGCAUUUUCCAAGUCGUUCGCGCCUUCGACGAUGCCGAAAUCAUUCACGUCGAGGGCGAAGUCAACCCUCUUCGUGACAUGGAGAUCAUUCAGACUGAGCUCCGCCUCAAAGAUAUUGAGUGGGUGCAAAAACACCUCGAGGGAAUGAAGAGAGGUGGCCGUGCUCUCGGAAACAACAGUCUUGCAGACAGGCAGAAGAAGGAGGAGAUCGCAACAGUAGAGAGGGUUCUUACCACCCUUACCGAGGACAAGAAGGACGUCCGGAAGGCUGACUGGUCUAACAAAGAGAUCGAAGUUGUCAACGGGCUUUCACUGUUGACGGCGAAGCCUGUGACCUACCUCGUUAACCUUAGCGAGCGGGACUUUGUACGGAAAAAGAAUAAAUGGCUACCGAAGAUCAAAGCGUGGAUUGACACAAACAACCCUGGCGAUCCCCUUAUUCCUUUCUCCGUUGCAAUGGAGGAACGGCUGGUGGGGCUCUCCGAUGAGGAGAAGGAGGAAGCCCAGAAAGAAGCUGGCGCUCAAAGCUCGCUUGGCAAGAUCAUGCAGGCAGGCUAUUCAAGCCUUGAGCUUAUCCGUUACUUCACCUGUGGGCCAGAUGAAGUUCGGGCUUGGACAAUCCGGAAAGGGACGAAGGCUCCUCAAGCUGCUGGUGUGAUCCAUUCGGACUUUGAGAGCAAGUUCGUCUGUGGUGAAAUCAUGAGCUACGAUGACUUGAAGGAGCACGGAAGCGAAUCGACGGUGAAGGCGGCCGGGAAGCUGAGGCAGCAAGGCAAGCCCUACGAGAUGGUCGAUGGUGACAUUGCCUAUUGGAAAUCAGGAGCAUGA